AUGAACUUGAAUCUUAGCUCCAGCUCAAAUCCGGACCGAAUCCGGACCUCUUUAAUCCUCCCGACACUUCCGGCUAGAAUCUCAAACACCUGCAAGCGGCACAUUCCAGGAGGACUCGAAGGGUUAAUGACUGGCAAGGAUGGCUUGUCCUCGUCCUUUGUGGAGACCGUAGCGGGAUUCACGGCCGGAAUCGCUUCGACGCUCUGCCUGCAUCCGCUAGAUCUGAUCAAGACUCGACUUCAAGUCGACCGGUUAUCCUCUUCACGAGUCGGCGGUUCAGUCCCAGUGAUUCGCGAGAUCUUUCAGAAUGAGGGCGGCAUUAAAGCCUUUUACAGAGGCCUGACACCCAACAUAUUUGGGAAUUCCACAAGUUGGGCGCUCUACUUCUUGUGCUACGGCAACAUCAAGGGCGUGAUGCGCAGCUGGCGUAGUGGUUCUCAAGACCAGGCCCUCACCUCGGCCGACUACUUCCUAGCCUCAGGAUCCGCAGGGAUGUUGACAUCCGCGCUAACCAAUCCGAUCUGGGUGAUAAAAACCCGCAUGCUGUCGACGGGAUCCCAGAGCCCCGGGGCAUACGCGUCGUUCACGACGGGUGCGAAGGAAAUUCUUCGCUCGGAGGGUAUUGCGGGCUUUUAUCGGGGUCUGGUUCCAGCCCUGUUUGGAGUUAGCCAUGGUGCACUUCAAUUCAUGGCGUAUGAGCAGUUGAAACUGCAUCGCUCCCGGAUGGCUCCUUCGGCCGGAACAACCGGCGUUCGACGGGAUGCUGAUUGGAGCCAUGUGUCGUCGUCGGACGCGGCCCGGUCGGGGAUACGGGAGCUGGGAAAUGUGGACUUAUUCGUGAUCUCGAGCUUGUCAAAACUAUUCGCCGGGUGUGUUACCUAUCCGUAUCAGGUGUUGCGGUCUCGUUUACAGACAUAUGAUGCUCACCUCGUGUAUUCGGGCGUCAGGGAUGCCGUUGCUCAGAUUUGGGCUAGAGAAGGUAUCACUGGCUUCUAUAAGGGUCUUGGCCCCAAUUUGCUGCGCGUGUUGCCCAGUACGUGGGUCACUUUCCUGGUGUAUGAAAAUACAAGAGCGUAUCUACCAAGGUUGUUUUCCAACCUUCGAUAG